CCACAGACUUACUACAUAGAAAUACACACACACGCACACAUGGGUUUGAGUAAUGGUGAAGUGGGUGCCACUAGCCAUGAGCUUCUUGGAGCUCAAGCUCAGAUUUGGAACCACAUGUUCCAGUUCAUAAACUCCAUGGCACUCAAAUGUGCAGCUCAACUAGGCAUCCCAGACGUGAUUCACAACCACGGCCAACCCAUCUCUCUUUCCGAUCUCAUCACUGCGCUGAAUGUCCACCCUUCGAGAGCUCAUUUCGUCUCACGCCUGAUGCGCAUCCUCGUCCACUCCGAUUUCUUUGCACAACAUCAUCAUGUUCAUCAUAAUUGUGACGAUGUGGAGGAAGAAGAAGCUGUUAUAUUGUAUAGCCUUACUCCAACUUCUAGGCUUCUUCUCAAAGAUGGGCCAUCAAGCACCACACCACUUAUACUCAUGAUACUCGAUGCGGUAUUGACAACCCCAUUUCACUUGAUGGGAGCUUGGUUGCAGAUGAACGGUGGUGAUGAUCCAGCUACUAUAUGUACACCAUUUGAAAUGGAAAAUGGAAUGCCCUUUUGGGAUCUGGCAGCUCAGGAACCAAGGUUCGGUAACUUGUUUGAUGAAGCAAUGGAGGCUGACUCCAAGCUUCUCGGAAGGGAGGUGGUGGAAGAGUGUGGAGGAGUUUUUGAGGGCUUGAAAUCCCUGGUGGAUGUUGGAGGAGGAACAGGAGCCAUGGCCAAGGCCAUUGCCAAUGCAUUCCCCAGCAUCAACUGCAUUGUGUUUGACCAACCACAUGUGGUGGCUGACUUGCAAGGAACCACCCAUAAUUUGGGUUUUGUCGGGGGAGACAUGUUUGUGGAAAUACCCCCAGCAAAUGCAAUUUUGCUCAAGUGGAUUCUGCAUGAUUGGAGCGAUGAAGAAAGCGUGAAGAUAUUGAAGAAGUGUAGAGAAGCAAUACUUCUGAGCAAAAACGAUGAAGGGAAUAAGAAGAUUAUCAUCAUAGACAUAGUUGUGGGACAUGUCGAUAACAAGGAGAAGAUGGUGGAUAAGAAAUCAAUUGAAACCCAACUAAUGUUUGAUAUGUUGAUGAUGUCUGCCUUCACUGGCAAAGAGCGUAGCGAAUCAGAAUGGAAAAAGAUCUUUUUGGCUGCUAGUUUCACUCAUUAUAACAUCACUCAUACAUUUGGUUUCAGGUCUCUUAUUGAACUUUACCCUUGAAAGUAAAUCUUCCUA